UUCCGGUAACAGUCGGUCGUGUUUUGCGGUUUUCAGAAAGGAGAACCAAGAAAUCAGGAUGACCGUUGGUGGAAAGUAUCGCCCACGAUGUUUCUUUGAUAUUGAGAUUGGAGGAAAGUCAGCGGGGAGAAUAAUCUUUGAACUUUUCUCAGAAGAAUGUCCUAAGACAUGUGAAAACUUCCGAUCCUUAUGUACGGGUGAAAAGGGCAUAUCUGAGAAAAGUAAUAAACCUCUCCAUUAUAAAGGAUCCCCAGUUCAUCGUAUAGUGAAAGACUUCAUGAUACAAGGUGGAGAUUUCACUAAAGGCGAUGGAACUGGUGGUGAAUCAAUUUAUGGAGAGAUGUUUCAAGAUGAAAAUUUCAUCUUGAAACAUGACAAAGAAUUUCUCCUCUCAAUGGCUAAUCGUGGCAUAAACACUAACGGUUCCCAAUUUUUCAUAACCACAAAGCCUACACCUCACUUAGAUGGUAUUCAUGUUGUAUUUGGUCAAGUCAUAAAAGGUGAAGAAAUUGUUAAAGCAAUUGAAGAUCACCCUACAGAUUCCAAAAGUAGACCAACUGAAGAUAUUCGCAUUUCAAAUUGUGGAGAAUUGGUUCUUCAACUUAAAGCUAAAGCAAAAAAGAAAAAAGUUACAUCUGGUACAGAAGAUUCAUCAAGCAGUUCUUCUGAAUCCGAAACUGGUUCGAUAUCCGACUCCAGCAGUGAUGAAAAAGACAAGAAAAAACGGAAAAAGAAACAAAAGAAAAAAGAUUCCAAGAGAAAGAAGAAAGACAAAAAACCAGAGAAAGAAAGUGAAGAAACUGAGAGAGAGAAAGAGAAAAUAACAACAAUAUUUGCCGAAAUUCGUCCAGAUGAAAUACCUGAUAUACCUAACAAUUUUCUCCUCCGUAACAAAGAGGAACGUCAGGCAGAAAAUGGAGAAAAUGGUAAUAGAUCUCCACCUGGUUACGGCCAGAGAAGAAGAAUAGAGCAGGUUCCUUAUAAAGCUAGAGCAGUUUAUUCUAGUACUGGACGGAAAAUAAAAGGAAGAGGAAGUGUGAGGUACAGAUCGAGGAGUAGAAGUCGAACACCACCACACUGGAGAAGAGAAAGGAAUCGGUUGAAACCAUUAGAACAAGUUGAACAGGAGAAGGAAGAACGAUGGAAGCGAGGAGAUAAAUUAGAAGCUGUAAGAACUAAUCCACAAGAUGCCAGAGGUCAUCUGCAACAACGAUUUGAAACUGGAAAAAUGGAAGAGGGAGAUAAAGAGGAGAAAGAGGAGAAAAAGAAAAAACAUAAACAUAAAAAAGAGAAAAAGUAA